GGAGACCCCCCCGGUGCACGCCGGGAGUUGUAGUCCCCGACAGCCGCCAUUUCGCCGGUAACGUGGGGGCCACGGCCCGAGGUGACUUUGCGGCAUGGAGAGCGGCUUCGGUUCCGACUUCGGCUCCGGGAGUGGCGGUGGGGGGAAGCUGGACCCGGGGCUCAUCAUGGAGCAGGUGAAGGUGCAGAUCGCCGUGGCCAACGCACAGGAGCUCUUGCAGCGCAUGACGGACAAAUGCUUUCGGAAGUGCAUCGGGAAGCCCGGCGGUUCCCUGGACAACUCGGAGCAGAAAUGCAUCGCCAUGUGUAUGGACCGGUACAUGGACUCCUGGAACACGGUUUCACGAGCCUACAACUCGAGGCUGCAGCGGGAGAGGGCAAACAUGUGAAGAGCCCCCAGGUCCUGGACCAGGGAAGGGACCAUGUGGGCGAGGGACAAGUGGCCAGUCCGGGGGGCUGGGGGCCAAAUCCUGCUGCCUUUCCAGCCCCUGCCAUGGCAGAGCAAUAAACCCUCGCUGAACCUUUUGCAUCCAUUGGCUUUUAUUGGCACCAGCCCCAGGAGCAAGUGAAUUUUCCAUCUCAGAGCUACCGUGAGUUGCUUGGUUUGCAUUAUGCACUUCCCAGUGGUCCCAGUGGCCAAGGCAGGGGUAAAUCCCUGCUGAAAGAGCUGUGAGAGGUAAGGAGCCCUCUGCGGAAAAGGGAGGGCAAGCUAGCAACAGUCCCCUUGCCCAGGAAACAAGCAUGGAGCCAGCCAUCAGGUAGUUACACAGUCCCUUUUCAUCAGUGGAAAAGCUGCCAUAAAAUGCUCCAUGUGCCACACUUGGCUCUUUCUUCCCUUGCGUCUCUAUAUGUGGGAAUCACUUUUGGGCUUGUAGGGUCAAGCAGUGUGUUGGGGAGCAGGUGUGCUUUGAGCAGUUUUGAAGCACAGCCUUGAAAACAGCUGUAUAAGCACAGUUGGGGAUGAAAAGAGUUGGGAAGUACUUAGGUUGAUUUCUUUAUAGAAUAAAAUGUAAUGUUUUGUGUGGCUGUGGUA